AUGGCAUGUGAAUCCCCCUCCUCCUCUAAACCUAGGGUGACCUUCCUUACUGGUAGGCACCAUCACAACUAUGGCUUUCCUCCCGAAGCUUUCGAUUACACGAAUUUACCUGACGCCGAUCGCGAGUUUCUCCCGCCCGAACAUCUUGCCGCCUUCGCCGCCGCCCUGAGCGCUCCCGAACCUGCGAAUAGCGCAACCGAUGAUACCGCGUCGUUGAAAAGCCCUACUUUAAGUAUAAGAAGCCCAGGUAGUCUAGACCUAACACGGUCCAGCUCAGUAGCAUCUGUCGAUACUGCGGCCCCCUUUUCCGAGGGGGCUGCGAUCCAGAAUGGCUCCCAGAGCGGCAUGUUUAUCACGGCGCAGAACGAUUGGGCUCCUGUGAACGAAAAAGUAUCCAAACACGGCCGUAGAAAGAAGAGGAAAAAGACGACGCUAGGUCGUCGCACCGUAGACGAGACUCGGGAAGGUUACUUAUACGGGCUGUUAAAAUGGCCGUUCCUCUUCUUCGUGGGCAUGUGGAUUAUAGGACUAGCUGCAUCAUAUCUAUGGACGCGAUUCUACAUUUUCGUAUACGAAUACUUCGUCGCCUGGCGAGGGAAACGAGAAAAACUGCGCCAGAACAUGAGAGCUGCUAGUAGUUAUCGGGAAUGGGUCAAGGCGGCUAAAGAGCUGGAUUCAUUCCUAGGAAACUCGCAAUGGAAGGAAGAAAACGAGUUCGCAUACUACGACUCUAAGACGGUCCGGCGCGUCUGGGAGCAACUCCGCAAACAUCGGAGAGCUGCCGAAGCGCAGGAAGCAAAACUGGCGGGUGCGCCUGGGUAUGAAAAGGGGGACGUGUCCGGGAAGGCUGAACAUCGCAAGACGAUCGAAGAGCUGAAGGCUUUGACGGAAGCCUGCGUGAAGAAUAACUUCGUUGGAGUAGAGAAUCCCAGGCUGUACAGUCAGACAUAUUACGGGACUAAAAACUUGGUUCAAAAUUUCGUAGAUGAAGUGGAGAAGAGCACACGCUUCCUGGUCCAUACCAAGCAGCUAUCGUUUGAAGAAAAGCGAGCAAUAUUCAAACGCAUGCACGCAAACUUCGGGCGCACUGCGUUAUGUCUAUCCGGCGGUGCCUCUUUCGCAUACUACCACUUCGGCGUUAUCAAAGCGCUACUCGACGCAGACUUACUACCAGACGUCAUCACGGGCACGAGCGGUGGCGCUUUAGUAGCAUCUCUCGUAGCGACACGGACUAACGAUGAAUUGAAAGAGCUAUUAGUGCCCGCGCUGUCGCAUAAGAUCAAAGCUUGCUCCGAGCCGAUCAGCACCUGGUUUCCGCGAUGGUGGAAGACGGGCGCACGAUUCGAUUCCGUCGAUUGGGCGCACAAGAGUAGUUGGUGGUCCCGUGGGUCGACGACGUUUAGGGAGGCGUACCAGCGCACGGGAAGGAUACUCAAUGUUAGUUGCAUUCCGGCCGAUCCACACUCGCCCACCAUUCUCUGCAACUACCUCACGUCGCCCGACUGCGUCAUCUGGUCUGCUGUCUUAGCAUCUGCCGCCGUUCCUGGGAUUCAGAAUCCCGUGGUCCUCAUGAUGAAGAACCCAGAUGGGUCACUAGUUCCAUAUUCUUUUGGUCACAAGUGGAAAGAUGGCAGUUUGCGAACAGAUAUACCUAUCAAGGCACUUAAUCUACACUUCAACGUCAAUUUCACCAUCGUCAGCCAAGUCAACCCGCACAUAUCCCUGUUCUUCUUCUCGUCCAGAGGCACAGUCGGAUCCCCCGUAACCCACCGCAAGGGCCGCGGCUGGCGGGGUGGAUAUCUAGGCUCCGCAACAGAACAGUACGUAAAACUAGACCUGGCAAAAUGGCUCAAGGUCCUUAAACACUUGGAACUCCUCCCACGGCCCCUCGGCCAGGACUGGUCGCAAGUCUGGCUGCAGCAAUUCAGCGGCACCAUUACGCUCUGGCCACGGACACAAGCCAGCGACUUCCUGCACAUACUAUCGGAUCCCGACAUGGAUAACCUAGCGCGUAUGCUGCACGAGGGCCAGCAGAGCGCGUUCCCGAAGCUCAAGUUCAUCGGGAAUAGGUUAAAAGUCGAGCGGCUGAUUGAGCAGGGCAGACGGGAGACGCUGGCGGGGGUGAGGAGAGGCAGUAUCGAGAGUAUUAUCGACGAGGAGGAUUUAAGGGGGUUACUGAGAGGGGGUGGCGGGACUACAGAUGAUGAGACGACUGAGGGGACGGAGGAUGUGGAUGAGGAAGCUGUUGAAGAUGGGGAUGCGGGGGUUAUAUUUGAGAGUGUGGAGGGGGGUUUGAAGACGGAUUAA